AACUAACUUCCCGAAUAAAAAAUAUUCCCCUCCCUCCUCCUCUAAAACCCUUCAAAAACCCCUCUUCUUCUUCUUCUUCUUUUUUUUUUAAAAACAGCUAAUCAUUUUCUUGCAUCCGAUCAAGCAUGAAUACAGUAAAAGCAAACAUAAAGAACCCAAAGGUGUGGGUAUUGGUGAUCGGAGUGACAGUGGCAGUUGGGAUAGUGGCGGCGGCUGAGACGCGGAGACGGAAAGCCAAAUUUAAAGAGGACUUUGGAGCCUUCGUUCAAAGAUUCCAGAUUCUUUCAUUCCCUCAGCUUCCUCCUCCGGCUGCCAAGCAAACCCUCGCUGGGCUUACUUUUGCCGUCAACGACAUAUUUGAGUUGGAGGAUUAUGUGACGGGUUUUGGGAAUCCAGACUGGGCAAGAACGCAUGAGGCUGCUGAGAAGACAGCAGUGACAGUGACUGCUCUGUUAAAGAAUGGGGCUGUCUGUGUUGGCAAGACUGUUAUGGGCGAAUUAGGAUUCGGGGUGAGUGGCGAAAAUAUGCAUUAUGGAACUCCUAUCAAUCCGGAAAUGCCCGCCCAUGUCCCCGGAGGUUCUUCUAGUGGUUCAGCUGUGGCCGUUGCCGCUGGGCUCGUUGAUUUUGCUCUAGGUACUGAUACAAUCGGGUGCAUUAGAAUUCCAGCAGCAUUUUGCGGUCUCCUCAGCUAUAGGCCAUCCCAUGGGGCUGUAUCUACGAUUGGAGUUUUGCCAAAUUCUCAAAGUUUAGACACUAUUGGAUGGCUGGCACGUGAUCCCUCUAUAUUACUUCGUGUUGGGCAUACUUUACUUAAACUAAAUACUGUGGAACCCAGAAGGGCGAGACGUCUUAUGUUUGCUGAUGAUCUUUUUCAGCUUUCUAAGGUUCCCAAACAGAAGGCUGAAGGUGUUAUUAGCAAAGCAAUUGAAAAUCUAUCUGGAUACCAGCCUCAACAGCAUAUUAAUUUUGGCCAACAUAUUUCUUUGAAUGUACCGAGUCUAAAAGGGUUCCUUGAUCAAUCAACAAACCUGCAAAAUGGAAUCUCUAAUUUGAAAGCUCUCUCUUCUGCAAUGGUUUCAUUACAAAGACAUGAAUUCAAAACAAAUCAUGAAGAUUGGGUUAAAUCAGUGGAACCCAAGUUAGCAUUUGAUGUCUCUGAUAAUGUUCUCACAGCCAUCGACACUACACAUGAGAACAUAAAAGCACUUUAUGAUAUCAGGAAAGAGUUGCGAGAUUGCAUGCAAAUUCUCUUAAAGGAUGAUGGAAUAUUGGUUAUUCCAACAGUUGCUGAUCCACCGUCGAAACUUAAUUCAAAGAAACGGGAUACUGUUGAGUCUCACAAUAGAGCACUGAUACUUUCAAGCAUUGCAAGCAUGUCUGGAUGUUGUCAGGUUACCAUUCCAUUGGGAAAGAAUGAUGGCUGUCCUAUCUCUGUUUCAUUUAUCACAUUUCAUGGAGGGGACAAGUUUCUUCUUGAUACAGUGUUGGAUAUGUACUCAUCUCUUAAAGAGCAAAUCAACUUUGUUUCCAAUCCAGCACCAUUGCAAGACGCUAAUGAAAAUUUUGAUGCUUCAGAACUCUUGAAAGAAAAGGGCAAUGCUGCAUAUAAGGGUAAGCAGUGGAAUAAGGCUGUUAAUUACUACAGUGAAGCUAUUAAAUUGAAUGGGGAAAAUGCAACUUACUAUUCCAACCGGGCAGCAGCUUACUUACAAUUGGGAUGCUUUCAGAAAGCUGAAGAAGACUGCAAUAGGGCAAUAUCACUGGAUAAAAAGAAUGUGAAGGCAUAUCUGAGGCGUGGAACAGCUAGAGAAUCACUCCUCUUCUAUAAAGACGCAGCUCAAGAUUUCAAGCAUGCUCUUGUCCUUGAACCGCAAAAUAAGGUAGCCAGACAUGCUGAAAAGAGACUCAGAAAACUUAUGAGUUGAAAUUUUGCUAAUCACUCCCCAGCUUUACAAAAUGGCAUAGUACUGAAGGGGGAUCAAAGGUCUAUUAUUCACUUUUCCAAUGUCAACCUUUAUGGGCAAAAGAAAUAGAGAGAGAGAAGCAACUCUGGUUUUUACUCCCACCUCUUGCAAGCUUUUUAAUUGAAAAUAAAAGAAAAUUUUGUCCAGUUCUGUUCAACGAAAUUUUGCUUUCCUUUCAAGGUUCUCUUUUAUUGCCCCUUUAGAUGUGAUGAGAAACGGUUUGUGCUGCUAUAAUAGUCCCUCUAUCCAUUUUAUUUUA